AUGGAAUCUGAAAAGAGUUUGAUGGAGACUGAAAAGUUCUGGAUGGUCUCUGAUUCUAAGAGGUAUGUGAUGGACUCAGAAACAGAAAGAGGUAGAAUGAACACAGACUCUAAAUCCAGGGUACAUCUGAUGGGGGAAGAAAAACAUAAGAUUAGAUCUAAGAGGUAUAUGAUGGACUCUGACUCUGAACCAUGUGGGACAGACUCAGACACAGAAAGAUAUGAUCUAGCUUCUGCAACUGAGAAAAGUCUCAUGGAUCCGAAAAUAUUUCAGCUGAGCACUGAUUCUGAUGGGUUCUGGAUAGAUUCAUGGUCUGAAAAACAUACAGUGGACUUGAAAUCUGAAAGUCUGGGGAUGGCCAGUGAUUCUGUAAAACACCUGAGGAAGGCCAAAACUUGCCAAAGUGUUUGUGACUUGGAAAGAUUCUGGAUGGGCAAGUCUAAAUCUGAAAGAAAAUUGACAGACUCUGCAAAAGAACAAUCAGACUUUGAUCAUGGUAAAUUCUGGGAUAGCCCUAGAAAAUAUCAGCAUAGGUCUGUAAAACUUCAGAAUAUCUCUGAAAGCUGUCAGGAUGACUCUCAAAAUCUUCAGUAUGACUUGGAUAUUCAUAAUGAAGACUCUUAUUAUGAAAAACAUCGUACCAGCCCUGAAAAUGAAAGAAAUCCAAGUAAAUUUGAAAGUAAAAGAUGCUUGAUGGAGAUGGAGAGGGAACAAUUCAAAAAUGUAAAACUUCAAGUAGAUGAAGAAAUUGAAAGCCAUCUCAUGGAGUCUGAUAAUGAAAAAAAGCAGAGAACUACAGUUGACAGUGAAAGACAUCACCUUGACUCAGAAAAUGAAGCACAACGGCUUGGUGCUCGCAGAAAGGAAAAUCGUCCUCAAGGUUUUUGGAGACCUGUUUUCCUCCCACCUCCAGUUGUCCAGGGAAAGGAAACUAAAGAACAACACUCUGUGCAACAACAAAUUGAUAGCAAAGUUUCCAGAAUUCAACUUGUUAAGUACCUGAGUGAUGACAAGAUUGUGAGACUCAAAGAGGUGUCUCCAGCCCUCAGUGAGAAACAUGACUCUCAAAAAAACUUAAAGGAAAAGCACAGCAACAACCAUUCUUCAGACCCAAACGUGGAGGAAAACCAUGGAAGAAAAGCCAGCCAUAAAAUUUCUUUCUACAAGAGCCACUACAAGAACUAUAGAUAUGCUCAUAGUUUUCAGAGUUCUGGGUCUCAGUUUGAUCUUAUUCAUCCAAGUGCUGAGGUUUACUCCUCUGUUGUUUCAGCAUCUCUUUGCAGUCAAACUUCUAUAAGCCCUAACCCUGUUGUAUGCCCUAACACUCAAAGAAAUAACAUAACUUCUGUGGAUAUGGGAGCAAAAAGAUGCUUCAAAUGCUUUAUGGAAAUCACUGACUCUCCUUUUCAUCAGUGUGUCAUGAAUUCUGAAGAUGAUUCUGACCCUGACUGUCCUUUACAUCUCCAAAUUCCUUUGGAUUCUAAAUAUUCUCUGAGCCCCAAAUCUGAUAGACACAACAAAACCUACCAAUUCAGCCCUUUAUCUCAGACCCUGGAUCAAAAAUGUCCUGUGGACAUCUUCUGUCCUCUACACCAGGAAGAUUCUAAGUAUUCUUUGGGCUCAACUUCUUAUUUACAUUGUGAAAGUUGUUCAGCUUUCCAAAAUCUCAUAUCCUCUAUUACCCAUACCUUUCCUAUAAAUUCCGAGAACAUCAUGGGUCAACAUAGUACCUCUGACCCAGACACUGUCAUCAACACUUGCAGUGUUACUGGAGUUGAAAGUGAACAUAAGUUCAACCUUAUUGUCAAACACAAAAAUGAAAACAAUCCUGACAAUGAGACGGAAGUUGCCAGUGCUAGAAAUCUCAACAAUAGUGCCGAUGCUAAAGACAAGUCUCUUCCCAAAGAUGAGAAAAUCCAUGAAACUGACACUAACUCUGAAGAUGAGACAGAUGCUGAAGAUGAAACAGACCCUGAAGAUGAAAAUAACACCAAAGAAAAGAAAGAUCCCAAAGAUAAGUCUGAUUCUGAUGACAAUGAUCCCAAAGACAGCAACUCUGAAUACGAUGCCGAUAAUAACAAUGAGUCUGAUCCCAGUGAUGAUGCUGGGCCUACAAGUGGAACUGAUCCCAGCAGUGAUGGUGACCCCAACGAUGGAACCAACCACAACAGUGAAACUGACCCUAACUUUGAUAAUACCACUAACAAUGAUGCUGACUCCAAAUACAGCACUGAUCCUGAGGAGGACAUACACACCAAUAAUUCAUACAGUGCUUCUGUCCUAGUUGAUCAAGACAAUACUGCCAACUCCAACAAUGGCACUGAUCCAAACUACACAUCGGGGACUCAAAAUAGAACCAACUCAGUCUAUACUUCUGGUUCCAACAAUGAUGCUGCCCCUAGCAAUGCCACCAAGCCUGGCAAUGACAUUUGCUCCAACAUUGGCCCUGGCUUCCACAAUAUCAGAUCAACUAUCAAUAGCCUUGGCCCCAGUAACAGUGACUUUGGCCCCAACAAUUUCCACAACCCCAAUAAUACCCUGGUUCCCCAUAAAGAUCCUGACUCUAACUAUAAUGUCAGUCCUAGUAAUGUUACUAGUAACAACAAUGAUAUUAUUCCUAACAGUGAUACUGACUUCAGCUAUGAUGCAAGACCCACUAGUGCUACUGGCCACAACUAUUCAGCUGCCACACACUGUGAUUCAGACUGUGAUUAUGUCCCAGAAUUUACCCAUGCUGUAGGGUCUAGCUUUGUAGCCAACCCAAACUAUAUUGACAGAAACAGCUAUGCUGUUAAACACAACUCUGCAGCUAGCACUGUCAAUUUCACUGAUACCAACACCACUAGCUAUAGUAGUGCUGUUAGCCCUAGGUAUAAUACUGGAACUAACUAUGAUGCAGACACCAACCAUAUCCCUAGAUUUACUCAUUUAAUUGACUCUACCAUUGUUGUCAAUACCGAUUAUAAUGCUAUAAAUAUGCAGAAUGCUCAUAAUUCUGCUAAUACAAGCAAUAAUCUCUCUGGUCCUGAAUUGGAAAUCAGUUCCAGUACUUCUGUUCCUAAUAUUAUUUAUGGAAACUCUCCCACUUUUGCUGUUGGCACUAGCUGUAUUUCUACUCCUAAGAAUUUGACCACUUCUAAAUUUUCUGAUUCAUUUAAUCCCAAUUUUGAUGACCAAAAAUGUCAGAUUCCCUUCAAAGUUUCUGCUGUUUCCAUGGACUCUACAACUUUUAUACCUGACAUUGAGUCCAAGGAUUUUCUUGAUGCUAAGGAAUCUGGUUUUUCAAAAGAUUCCUCUGGGGUACAGAAUACCAUUGGCAUCAAGGAUCAUGACAGUUUAAAUGUUCACUACAAUCCAAAUAUUACACUCCCUAGUUUUGAUAUUAUAGUAGAAGCUGAACCACCAGAUGUUGUGAAGUUUGCCAUAUCAUCAGGUGCUGUGAAUCAAUUUUUUAAGCUCAAACUCCAGACAGGUAGCAGUCAAAGCUUGGUCCUUGAUUAA